AUGCUGAACCGUUUGUUGCAUAUCAUUUUUUUAAGCUCAGAGGAAUGCCCAUACUCUUGUGAAUACACAGGCCCAAAGUGCUGUCCCUUCAUUGGUCAACCUGAAUGCUAUACCUGCGAAACGUUCGUGCCGUGCCAUGAAACACCUUGUCCUGACGAAUGCCCCGACAACUGCUUCUAUCCGGAUGCAGACUGGUGCUGUCCAAAGAGUGGCGAGCCUAUAUGCAAGAGC